CAGCACAAUCCUUUUGGAGUCUCUCCCUCACAACUCACAGACCUUGUUGACCCAAAAAGCCCCGAACUUCUCAAGAAACUCGGCGGUACACAGGCUGUACUCAAGAAACUUCGUGUAGACCCUAAAUCCGGUCUAUCUUCUGAUGAAGGUGUCGAAUCUUCCUCUGACAAGGCAUUUUCUGACCGUCAAAGCGUCUUUGGCCGCAACAUUCUCCCUGAAACCAUCUCAAAGUCUUUUCUUCAGCUUCUCUGGGCUGCAUACAACGACAAAACCCUCAUUCUCUUGACCAUCGCCUCAUUGGUAUCUCUGGCCAUUGGAAUCUGGGAAGACUAUUCUCCUAACCACCCUGAAGAUGAACCUCGCGUCGGAUGGGUCGAAGGCACGGCGAUCCUCGUGGCUGUUCUUGCCGUCGUACUAACUAACGCCAUCAACGAUUACCAAAAAGAGCGCCAGUUCAAGAAACUCAAUGCAAAGAAAGAGGACCGUGUUGUCAAGGUCAUCCGUGACGGAAAAGAACUGCAGAUCAGCGUCUAUGACCUCAACGUCGGCGACAUUCUUAUGCUCGAGCCUGGAGACAUCAUUCCUGCCGAUGGUCUUUAUCUCGGUGGCCACAACCUUGCCUGCGAUGAAUCCUCUGCCACUGGUGAAUCGGACACUAUGAAGAAACUUACCGAUGAUCAAGGGGAUUGCUUUAUCCUCUCUGGUUCAAAGGUCCUUGAAGGUGUCGGUAAGAUGGUUGCUAUUGCUGUUGGAGAGCAGUCGUACUUUGGAAAGACUAUGAUGGCCAUGCGUGGUACCGAGGCUGAAGGCACACCCCUCCAGAUGAAGCUCGACACUCUCGCCGAACAAAUUGCCAAGCUUGGUUUCGCCGCUGCUAUCAUCAUGCUGUUUGCAUUGGUCAUCAAAUACUUCAUUGUCGCUGCCAUGCAGCCUCAUUUCCCUCCAGGCCAGGAAAUCGCCGCUGCUAUGAUCAGCAUCAUCAUCCAGGCCAUCACUAUCAUUGUCGUCGCUGUGCCUGAAGGUCUUCCUAUGGCCGUAACCAUGGCCCUUGCCUUUGCUACAACCCAGAUGCUCAAGGACAACAACCUCGUCAGAGUUUUGGCCGCCUGCGAGACCAUGGGUAACGCUACUGCCAUCUGCUCCGACAAGACCGGAACUCUCACCCAGAACAAGAUGACUGUUGCCGAAGGUACACUUGCCGAAGAGGCAUUCGACAAGCCCGAGCAUGUCAAGGGCUGGGCUGGCCGUGUUGACUCUAGUGUUGUCCAACUCCUGACCGAGAGCAUUGCUGUAAAUUCCACCGCUUUCGAGGGCAAGGAUGAGAACAACCGUGUUGAUUUCGUUGGAUCCAAAACCGAAUGUGCCCUGCUUGGUUUCUCCAAGAUCCUCGGUUCCGACUACGACGCAAUUCGCCAUGAAACCAAUGUUGCCAAAGUUUAUCCCUUUGCUUCCAAGCGCAAGACCAUGACAACCAUUAUGAAGAUUCAGGAGAACUCUGCUACCUCCCAUAAUCAAAAGGAGUACCGCAUGUACACCAAGGGUGCCUCAGAGAUUGUCCUUGAGUCCUGUACCUCCUUCCUCACUUCGGAUGGCCAUGUUAAGAAAUUGGACAAGGAGACCAACGUGAAGGUCGGUGGACUUAUCAGUGCUUAUGCUGACAAGGCUCUCCGUACCAUUGCCCUCGCCUAUCGUGACCUCAGCUCCAGCAAGUACGAGGACAUGUCUGAUGAUGAACCCACCCUCAAGGAUCUCGUACUCAUUGGUAUCGUUGGUAUCAUGGACCCCCUGCGCCCUGGUGUUGUCGAGUCUGUAGCUGCCUUUAGAGAAGCUGGUGUUUUUGUACGCAUGAUUACCGGUGAUAACAUUAACACUGCCAAGGCCAUCGCUCGCAAUGCUGGUAUUCUGACCAAGGGUGGUAUUGCCUUGACUGGUCCAGAGUUCCGUGAAAUGUCUGUAGAAGAACAGCGCAAGGUCAUUCCCCGUCUCCAGGUUCUCGCUCGCUCUUCCCCCACUGAUAAGACCGUUGUUGUCACUCGUCUCCAAGAACAGGAUCAGGUAGUCGGUAUGACUGGUGAUGGUACCAACGAUGGACCAGCCCUCAAGCUUGCCGAUGUUGGUUUCUCUAUGGGUAUUGCUGGUACUGAGGUUGCCAAGGAAGCUUCUGAUAUUAUUUUGAUGGAUGACAACUUUAACUCUAUUCUCAAGGCCCUUCUUUGGGGUCGUGCUGUCAAUGAUGGUGUGCGCAAGUUCUUGACUUUCCAGCUUACUGUCAACAUUGCCGCUGUUGUCCUGUCCUUUAUCAGUGCCAUUGGUUCUGACAACUCGGAAAGUAUCUUGAGUGCCGUUCAGCUUUUGUGGGUUAACUUGAUUAUGGACACCCUUGCCGCACUUGCGUUGGCCACCGAACCUCCAACUCAGGAUCUCUUGCAGCGCAAGCCUAUUUCCAAAUAUGCUCACUUGAUUAAUUUCCGAAUGGGCAAGAUGAUUAUUGGCCAGGCUAUUUUCCAGAUUGCUGUCAACUUGGUUAUCAUGUACCUCGGUCUUGCCAUCUUCCAUCUUGAUAAUGAUGCCCAGGGUCAGGCUACUCUUCGCACCAUGGUUUUCAAUGUCUUUGUCUUCCUCCAGGUUUUCAAUGAGAUCAACUGCAGACGUAUCGACAAUACCCUCAAUGUUUUCAAGGAUAUCUUCAACAACUGGAUUUUCUUGGCUAUUCAAGUUCUUGUCAUUCUUGGACAAUUCCUUAUCGUAACUUUUGGUGGCAUUGCUUUCAAGACCGUGCCUUUGACUCCAAUACAGUGGCUUGUGACGGUUGCUAUCGGAUCUCUCUCGCUUCCCGUUGGUACUAUUAUCCGUCUUUUGCCCGAU